AUGGCUUUAGUGAAGAGAGCCGUGGCUCUGCUGACAGUAAUGACAUUAAUGCUGGAGGUGAUCCAUGCAGCCAUGUACAAGGUUGGGGACUCUGCUGGUUGGACCACUAUUGGUAAAAUUGACUACAAACAAUGGUCUGCUACUAAGACCUUCCAAGUUGGUGACAUAAUUCUUUUCGAAUACAAUGCUCAAUUUCACAAUGUGAUGCGAGUUACACAUGCAAUGUACAAAGCAUGCAAUACCUCGGCCCCUUUGGCAACCUACACCACCGGCAAUGAUUCAAUCAAUAUCAAGACUCGUGGUCACCAUUUCUUUUUCUGUGGUGUCCCUGGCCAUUGCCAAGCUGGACAGAAGGUUGACAUUAAUGUGCUACGGAGAGAUGGAAUGGCACCAACUCCUUCUGCUGCUUCUUCAGUGCCCUCCCCGCCAGUUCCUUCAGCCAAAGUACCCGGGCCAGCCCAAAGUAAUGCAAUGCCAUUGAAGGCUUUGAAAAGUCCUUUUGGUAACAUUGGUUUGGCAAUGGCUGUUUUGGCAACGCUUGUGAUCAAUUUUGCUUAA